GAUUGCCGCGGCUCCGCCGGCGCUCGGGGAAGCCGCCGCUGCCGGGACCGAACGGCUCCGUGCGGGUGCCCCCGUCUUGCUCGCGGCGGCGGAUCAGCACGUACAGAACUGCAAGCUCACGAGGCGGCCGUGGCGGGUGGAAGGUGACCCCCCCAUCUUCCUCCGUGCACCUCCGCCUCCUCCCGGAGGAGGAGCAGCAGCAAGCGGAGAGCUAGAGAGCGCAGGGAAACAGAAGCGGCUAGAAGGCGACCCCCACCCAGCCAGCCCCCCGGAGGAGCAGUGGAAGCGUUUCCCACCCCAGCGGGGCAGCAGCGGCAGGACCAGGUAGAGGAAGCCGUCUCCGGCAGCAGGAGCGAAGUAAAAGCAGACGAUCCUCCCUUGCUGAAACGGGCAACGGGAUCAGGUACGGAGAGCCACCCCCCCUGCAGCCCGGGGGGAUAGACUGAACCAGCCCCUACCCCGGCGGCAGCGGCAGCAACUCCCCAGCCAGCAGCACCAUGUCCGCCGCGCAGGUGUCCUCGUCGCGAAGGCAGUCGUGCUACCUAUGCGAUCUGCCCCGCAUGCCCUGGGCCAUGAUCUGGGACUUCACGGAGCCCGUCUGCCGAGGCUGCGUUAAUUACGAGGGCGCCGACCGCAUCGAGUUCGUGAUCGAGACGGCCCGGCAGUUGAAGCGGGCGCACGGCUGCUUCCAGGACGGUCGUUCCCCGGGGCCCCCGCCGCCGGUCGGCGUGAAGGCAGUGACGCUCUCCGCCAAAGAAGCGGCGGCGGCGGCGGCAGCCCAGCAGCAGCUCAACCAUGUGGAUGCCACCUCUAAGGCGGCCUCGGCGGGGCUGACCCAGUCCAGCCUGGACCGCUACGGGCUCAGCGCCGCCGCGGCGGAGCAGCGCAGCCGUUUCGAGUACCCGCCGCCGCCGGGCAGCCUGGGCAGCGGCCAUGGCGCCCGCCUGCCCAACGGGCUGGGGGGGCCCAAUGGCUUCCCCAAGCCGCCUGAGGACGGGCCGCCGGAGCUGAACCGGCAGAGCCCCAACUCCUCCUCCUCUUCUUCCUCAUCCCGUCGCGGGGCGCACGGGGGGCUCGUGUCUGGCCUGCCCCCGGGGGCCGCCGGCGCUCAGAUGAACGUGCCCCCCAACCUUCUGCCACAGACGCUGCUGAACGGCCCCGCCGCCUCCGGCGUGGCGCUGCCUCCGCCGCACGGGGGCCUGAGCGGCCGCGGCGGCGGGGGUCCCCCGGCUCCCUCCGCCUCUUCCCAAGGGGGCACCUGCGGCGGAGGUGCCGGGGGAGGCGGCGGCUCGUCCUCCGAGGCCUGCGGCAAGCGGCCGGGCUCGGUAUCCAGCAGCGACCAAGAGCGGGAGCUGAAGGAGAAGCAGCGCAACGCGGAGGCGCUGGCCGAGCUCAGCGAGAGUUUGCGGAAUCGGGCCGAGGAGUGGGCCAGCAAGCCCAAGAUCGUGCGGGACACGCUCCUCACUCUGGCCGGCUGCACCCCCUACGAGGUGCGCUUCAAGAAGGAUCACGCCUUGCUGGGCCGCGUCUUUGCCUUCGACGCCGUCUCCAAGCCGGGCAUGGACUAUGAGCUGAAGCUCUUCAUCGAGUACCCCAGCGGCUCCGGCACCGUCUUCUCCAGCGCCUCCGGCGUGGCCAAGCAGAUGUACCAGGACUGUAUGAAGGACUUCGGCCGCGGCCUCUCCUCGGGCUUCAAGUACCUGGAGUACGAGAAGAAGCACGGCUCUGGCGACUGGCGGCUCCUGGGGGACCUGCUGCCCGAGUCUGUGCGCUUCUUCAAGGAGCUAGUGGGCGCCGACAUGCUGCCGCAGCCCUACCUGGACGCCAGCUGCCCCAUGCUGCCCACGGCGCUGGUGAGUCUCCCGCGGCCGGGGGCCGGGGCCGGCGGGGCGCAGGGCACGGCCGCCGCCUCUAGGGGACCUGGCGGCGGCGGCGGCGGCGGCGGCGGUGGGGCGAUGCGCAAGAGGAAAGCCUCUCCCGAGCCCUCGGACUCGGCCGAGGGGGCUCUGAAGCUCAGCGAUGAGCAACAGCGGCAGCAGUGGAUGGCCAGCCAGAGCGAAGCGCUCAAGCUCACUAUGUCGGCCGGGGGCUUCGGGGCGGUGCACGGCGGGGGCCCCCCGCCGCCGCCGCCCCUCGGGCCUCACUCCAACCGGACCACGCCACCCGAGUCCGCCCCCCAGAACGGACAGUCCCCCAUGGCCGCGCUCAUGUCGGUGGCCGACACGCUGGGUAAUGCCCACUCGCCCAAGGACGGCAGCUCGGUGCACUCCACCACGUCCACCCGCAGGAACAGCAGCAGCCCCGUGUCGCCGGCCUCGGUGCCGGGCCAGCGCCGUCUGGCCUCUCGCAACGGGGACAUGAAUCUGCAAGUGGCCCCUCCUCCCCCCAGCACCCACCCCGCCAUGGACCAAGUGCACCCCCAAAACAUUCCGGACUCCCCCAUGGCCAACAGCGGGCCCCUGUGCUGCACCAUUUGCCACGAACGCUUGGAGGACACCCACUUUGUUCAGUGCCCCUCUGUGCCCAGCCACAAGUUCUGCUUCCCUUGUUCCAGAGAGAGCAUCAAGGCCCAAGGGGCGACUGGCGAAGUCUACUGCCCCAGUGGAGAGAAAUGCCCCCUAGUCGGUUCCAAUGUGCCUUGGGCAUUUAUGCAGGGAGAGAUCGCUACCAUUUUAGCUGGGGACGUUAAAGUGAAAAAGGAGAGAGACCCUUGAAUAAGAAAUCCAAUCCCUUCAGACUCCUGAAGAUGUAGAAUUGUGAAUAUAACAAACUGCAAAAGUUAGUCUUAUGUAUAGACAUUAUUUUCGUCGUAUGUUUCUAUAUUUUGAAACAAAGGUAUGUACUCUUCUUCAUUUGAAGGAUAGAGCUGGUUUUUGUUAAACAGAAUAUAAUAUUGUUUGGUUACUACAUAAUACCUGUUCUCAUUUCUUUGGCAGUGUGUUGGCUAGGUACAAAGUUAAUAGCCCUUAGCGAUUACCUGCUGCUGGUGUGUAUUUUUGUAAAUGUAUGCACUUCUCUGAAAGAAGAAGAAAAACACAAAAGACAAAAAAAAAAAAUUUUGCCAAGGCCAGUGUUGAUGCCUAAAAAAUUGCUACAAAAAUGGUGACAGCUUACGUUUUACAAGCCCUGAGUGUUAGUCUUUCACUUUAUUUUUUUUUGUUUGUUUGUUUGUUUUGGGUUUUUUUUUUGUUGCAAAACGGUGGGGUGGCUGUGGGGGGAGGGUGUUUUUUUGUUGCAAGUUUGUAAGGAAAAUGUUUCAGUUUGUUUCUAUUGAUCUGAACGUUUUUAAUCUUCAUGUGUUUUUUGUUUUUGCUUUUAUUGAUGCACGGAUGCUUUUGAACAGUAGAGCAAAAUGCUGUACAUGAGAAACAUGCUCUGUUUGUCCUUUAUACAUUUCUGUAGUUAACAGAACACUGUAAUGUGCCUUGGAGCUUAGUAAAUUGUAAUAAAUUCAAUUGAUAUUAA